GCAACGAGAAGAGCGAAAGUUAUCAUAUGACUGUUGUGUUUUCUUUCUGUCGAAGGAGUGUUAAAAUUGUAAAUAUUAAUAUUUUGGUAUAAGUUAGAAACCAAAAAAAAAAAAAAAGCAGUCAAAAUGUCGCUCAGCGAUGCCGAUGUUCAGAAACAAAUUAAUCAUAUGAUGGACUUCAUAGAACAGGAGGCUAAUGAAAAAGCGGAAGAAAUUGAUGCUAAGGCUGAGGAAGAAUUUAAUCUUGAAAAGGGCAGACUAGUACAGGAACAAAGGUUGAAAAUUAUUGAGUAUUUUGAAAAAAAAGAAAAACAAGUGGAAUUACAAAGGAAGAUUCAGAGUUCAAAUAUGCUUAACCAAGCUAGGCUUAAAGUUUUGAAAACUCAAGAAGAUCAUAUUAAAGUUGUACUUGAUGAAGCUAGGAAGCAGUUACACACAAAAACCAAAGAUACUGCACGUUAUCAACAAGUUUUGAAGAAUCUGAUACUUCAGUCAAUAUAUCAGCUGUUAGAAUCUGAGGUAACAGUGAAGUGCCGAAAACAAGAUGCAGAUUUGGUAGAGCGAUCAUUAGGAGAAAUAGCCAAAGAGUAUCAAGAGAAAGUUGGUAAACCUUGCAAAAUAACAAUUGAUAAAGAAAGUUACUUACCUCCUGACUGUGCUGGUGGAAUUGAACUGACAGCACAGAAGGGGAAAAUAAAAAUAAACAAUACUCUUGAAAGUAGACUAGAUAUGAUUAGUCAACAGUUGCUACCAGAAAUACGUGAAACUUUAUUUGGCGCCAAUCCUAACCGCAAGUUCAAAGACUAACAUAUCAGAUAAUUCCUCCACUUGUUACUCAAGAACUGUGUAUAGUCUUUAAAUCAUUCCUUGUUGUAUGUGUGCAACAAACAGCCUUGAUGCUGUAUAUGUCUUAUCUGGAGGUUAGACCAACUUCAUUAUGGUUAAAGAAUAAGAGUAAUUUAUUUUAUUUAAUCUAGAAUUGUUUUUAGUGUGAUUUGAUUUGUUACGUGUUUGUACUAUGGAAAUGAAAGAUAGAAACUCAUUUUUUAUGUAGAAAGUUUAGAUGAAUGUUCGUUAACUUAAACUAGUCUCAAGAUUCUAAUGUAUCAAUAUUUUAAGUGCAUUGUUGUAUAAAUAGUGGUGAAUGUUCAUUGUUCUGAAAGUCAAAAUAAAAUAACUUUAAAAAAUA